GGGUUUUUGGAGGUCUGCGAAGCUCAUAGCCACUCUUUUCUUCAAGCGGGUGAGAGAGAAGAAGAAAAUCCUAAGAGGCCAAAGAUGCCAGCUGGUCACGGUCUACGUUCUCGAACAAGGGAUUUGUUCGCCAGACCCUUUAGAAAGAAGGGUUACAUUCCCUUGUCUACUUACCUCAGGACCUACAAGAUCGGCGACUACGUCGACGUCAAGGUAAACGGUGCCGUUCACAAGGGUAUGCCCCACAAGUUCUACCAUGGUCGUACUGGUCGAGUUUGGAAUGUCACAAAACGUGCCAUCGGUGUCGAAGUCAACAAGCAGGUGGGAAACAGGAUUAUCAGGAAGAGGAUUCAUGUACGUGUUGAGCAUGUACAGCCUUCGAGGUGCGCUGAGGAAUUCAAGCUCAGGAAGGUGAAGAAUGAUCAACUCAAGGCAGAGGCUAAAGCAAAGGGUGAGGUCAUUAGCACAAAGAGGCAGCCAGAAGGGCCUAGACCUGGUUUCAUGGUGGAUGGUGCUACACUUGAAACUGUUACACCCAUCCCAUACGAUGUUGUUAAUGAUCUCAAGGGCGGUUACUAAAUCUACUCUGUUUUUUGUUUGCGGUAUUGUUUUGGUUUUCCUUUUUUUUUGGCAAAACAUCAGUGGUGAACUGAAUUAAACAUUUGGAAGUGCUGUUUUCUUUAGUAUAUUUUGAAGAGGUACUGAAUCUUCAGAGAUUUUAAUGUUAUGAUAUCAUUUUAGAGAUUAUGGAUAUGCCUAUGAUAAGGUGUAGUAAUUGUUUA